CCGGUUUUAGUAAUUGAAUCUUAGUAAUGCAUUCUCUAAUCAUGAUGCGCUUGUCUUUAGUUGUUGUUCUUAUGCCAGUCUUCCAUAAGUUGUCACAGCCAGUGGAGUUUGUGUUGAUUUCUGUUUCAAUUUCAGAGUGCUUAGUGCUCUCUUUGCGGUUCUUUGGUAGACUUUGAUGCAUGCAGAUGGAGUUUAAAGAAUUUAUUAUCCUUUUUUGUUGACUCAUUUCUGGUGGCUAGGUUCAGUUUUGGUACAUUAUGAACUUGAGUGGUUUCCAUCAGUGCUACCAGUUAGAUAUACUAUUAUGCUUCUUUCUUAAUGAAAGUCUUUGUUUUGUGAUUAACAGUUUAGUCAAUCAAUGAGUUUCUUAUAUCUUCAUUUUGGUAUUUUAAUUUUGCAUUUGUUUAUAUUGUUUAUAAUGAAGACGAAGAGCCAUCACCUUUUUAGCGCACAAUUUUCUCCAAGGAAAGGAUUCUCCCUAGUCUCAAGGUUACAAGAAUGUCAAGUAGAGGUCAUUAACAGUUGUGGCUUUGGUUGGAUGCAUGAAGUCAAGGGCAAAAUGCUAAAGCGUGAGUUGUUGGAAGAACUCAUAAGGAGCUUUAAUCUGAAAAAGAGCACAAUUCAAGCGCAUGGGUUGAAGGUGAAUAUUUCGGCCAAAGAUUUUGAGUGAAUUAUGGGUGUAUCAGAGGGUGGGACUGAUAUUGUCUUGGAUGGUGAAGAAGUGGUAGGGAGAUCUGAGGAACUUGACAUUUAGAGUUUAUUCGACUCUUGAUUGUGGCCGAUUGGCGAUUUGCACAAGUGUAAUGCGAAAGACGUUGGGGGAUUCAAAAGAUAGCAGCGAUAUAUGUGUGCAAUAUGUUAUAUUGUACAUAAUGGGGGUGCUAUUAGUACCUACCAGAAGAGAUGAUAUUUCCUAAUCUUCGGAAUACAUUGUCUCCGUUGUGGCAGACAUUACGAAGAAGAAUUGGGCGUCCUAUUGCUUCAAUCACUUGAUGAAAUCCAUCUGCAGCCAUAAUGCUUCGAGGAAAAAAUAUAUACUUGGUUGCUUGCUAUUUUUGGGGCUAAAUACUUACUUAACCGUACUUUUUACAUAUUCAUAAUGAUUAGUCAUCAUGUUGAAUAUAUCUUUUUUGUUUUGUAGUUAAUAUUCUUGGAGCAUGCAAAUGGUAUGUUCCACACCAUUGAUACAAGUUUGCCUUUGAUGAGUUGGGGGAACAAAGAUAUAGACUUAUUGUCAAUGAAAAUGGUAAGCAUUAUUAGCUGACAGUGCAAAAUGGUAUAUUUGAUUCUUUUGAUGAGUUGGAGCAUGCUAAUGGUAUAUUUUAUUCUCUUUUUAAUUAAUUUAUAGGUUUCAAGAAGUUCUGGGAAAAGAUCAUCCGAGGAUGCAGGUUUGCAAUCAUCUCCAAGGAAACGACACAAAAUGACAGGGACGAGCUGCUUCUUUGUGAGCGUAUUGAUGCUCGUUUUAGCAAGAUGGAUGCUAGAUUUAAAGACUUCGGAGAAGAAUUUAAAGUCGCAGUGGGUAAUGUUGCUUGAAGAGAUGUGAUAUAAUGGGUCGGGUUAUGGAUAUGGAGAAAGAAUUUCGAACAUUUAGAGACGACAUUGAUGCUGCAGUGAAGUCAAUCAUAGAAGUAGUGAAAGCAACUAGAGUUGACGCGUUGUCAAUGGAGAAUUUUGCUGAAGUGAAAAAGGACGAUCAGAAGGAUGAUGCUGAAAAGGUGAAAGCAUCUACAAGUGACUUGUUGUCAAUGGAACAACCUACCAGAAGGGAAGAGGACAAUCAGAAGGAUGAGGUUGAAAAACCAAGUAAGCCCAUUCCGCCUACCUUCAAAUGUGUCAAGACUCAAGGGUUAGGUGUCAAGAUUUCGGAAGAUGCUAAGGCAAAAAUUAGAGAUGGCCUUUCAUAUGACCGCUAUUCUGAAUCUCCUUCGGUCAAAGUUGCGAAAAUGGUUCCUUGCAAGCAGGUGAAAGCGUAUAAAGUUGAGAAAUUCAUACUUUUGAGUGAUGAAAGUGUAGCUCCUACUGAUGGUUGUGCCAAGACUGGGAAGGUAUUACACUUGAUUUAAUUUUCUAAUAUUAUUUUUUUCCUUAUGAUGUGGUUACUAAUGGACUGCUUUUGUUUUUAUGUCUUUGAACAAUAAAGGGGUAAAAUUGAGGUGGACUACGUGUAACACCCUACCCUAUACGUUUUGCCUAAUCAUAUUGUUCACACAAUUGCAGCGGAAUCAAUCUCGGGUGCUACAUUAAUUAUCAAAAUUUACCCAAAUAAAAUUUCGACAUGAAUUACUCGCGUAAUGGGCUAACAGUUCUUGCAACUUGUCCUGCAAAAUAAUUCAUCACAAACAUAUAUACUCAAACCUUAUACAUGGACUUACAUAGCCAUAGUCACAUUUUCAUACUACACAACUGCAUACCAAACUUAUACAUACCAUAAUCGUCACAACUUACACAACCACAUAAAUAUACACAUAUCAUUAACUUUCCACACCUGUGGAUAUCUCACACUACAUCAGAAGCUAGUAUGCAUAUGAAAAACGUUCUCAAAACAUUUUUACAAAAAGGGUGUGGAUCACUGGCCAAAAUCCCGAGUAGUAGUCCAAGCACAGAAUGGUUGAAGACCAUACCUCAUCUUGCCUUCAACUCUUGCUCAGCUCCCACCUAUACACCUAUCUACUGUUGCUGAUGAUGAUGAUCUGCUUACACAUAGCAUAAGCAGAGAAGAAGAAUAAAAGAGGGUCAGCUCAUAGCUGAGUGAGAUAAUCAUAGCAUCGUGAGUUCAUAACAUAGCAUACCACUACCAUACAUCUAGCAAACAAGCCAAAACACUAGGAUCGGACCUCAGCCAUCCUCAUAUCCCAAUAAGCAAAAGACUCAACCACCUUGACUUAUGCAUAUGCAUCUUAUCAUGUUUUACUUAUAGGCGCCUGGCUACUCCCAUGCUAAUAACUCUCCCGGGAAACAUACCCCACAUCCCGUCGGAUGUAGUCAUACAUACCCCAACAUCCCGUCGGAUGUGGUCAUACAUACCCCACACCACUAUGGGUGUAGUCAUACCCCAACACCACUCUGGGUGUGGUCAUAUCUCAUAAGAAUUCUUCAGUCACCACCACAUGAGAGGUGUGACUAUCAUACAUAUCAUAAUAGAGUAAUAGCAUAGGGAGCCCUAAUUACUAUGUUGUUGACCGUGAGACCACAACACUCAUAUUUGGUAUCCUUAUACAUGAUUCAUAUCUCAUCUUGCUUAAUCAUAAUUCGUUACUUGCACAUGUACUUGACCAGGCCACAAUUGGCUCAACAUAGGUAAAUCAGGAGUCGUAUAAUUGCACUUCCUCGGGAUAAACCCUCGUGCAAGUCAUCCUCCUUAAAACAUCAUAAUAUCACCUUGGGAAGUUUAUUUCCCCCACUUGUGAAUCCAAAUACAACCACAAUAUCACAUCAUAUCAAAACACCUGAUCGAACAACCAUGAAUUCAUAACAACGGUUAAGCCACAAUUGGCAACAUGUAUGCAAUCAUCAACAUAAACAAGGUCCAUAUCGGCUAGGGCAAAUCAAUAAUAUCAUACAACAGUCCAGGGUUCAUCAUAUAACACAAAAGUCCAUACACCCCCAAUCAUGCCAUUCUAGUUCACCUAGGUCAAUUCUAAGUAUCAAAAUAAUUAUCGUGAUACGACAAACCCGGUAUGCCGUGCUAAUCCCUCACCAGUUCUGGUCGUUCAAACACCGGUUCUAGCCUCCCGUACUAAAAUGUCAAUUUCACGAACGAACCCCGAAUUAAAAUCCGAGACCGUCCUAAUAUCCCCUGCAGUAUCCCCGUCAAUAUUAGUUCUGGGCUCCAGGCCAAACUCUCGAUAAAAACACAUCAAACCCUGGUCGGAGCUUAAUUCAGCGGUUUGGACCCCGGCCUAAAUAAUAGCCGAAAUUCAGGGAUUAGAACUAGAGGAUUGAUUACCUCGCUGCAGGAAGCUCGUAUAUGAAAUUCGGGCUCAAUCCGGCUUCCGGAUACUCCGAAACCCUAAUUUGGCAGAUCGGGAAUUCAAGAAAUUCCUGAACCAAAA